AUGUCACCAGCGGGUGAUGGACCAGUCGUGGGGUCGCGGCCUGUCCCCGUGCGAAGCUCUGCCUUUGCUGUUGCCUUGGCGGAAUCCAACGAGCUUCCUACCGGCUUUCCUCCCGUCUUGGAUUCCCCUCUGGCUUGGACCGGUGGCCAGUUCCAGAAAGAGUCCGAGUACGUGCUUCAGUUGACCAAGGGGCAUCUGCAAGAGAUUGAAGCUGCUCUUGUGGCCUUUAAGGAACUCGGCUUAGACGGAGACUUGGUUUCGCGAGACAACUUCCCCCUUCCUACUCUGAAACCGGAAUUGACCAACCUGGGGAGGGCUAUCCAUUCCGGAAGAGGCUUCGCGCUCGUUCGCGGAUUGAAUCCCCAAAAAAUGUCGGUAGAAGACCUGACCACGGUCUAUAUGGGCAUCCAGUCCUACAUGGCGGAUCAGCAGGGAAGGCAGGACAAGAAGGGGAAUAUGCUGGUGCACAUCAUUGCAGACAACUCGACCGAGAUAAAAGCCUCUCAUCACCGCCAUUCGACCUCACCAAUUGUAAAAUCAUGGACAGACCCCCUUUUUCUCCAUGGAAAGCAGACGACUAAUGAUGGGCUCCAGACUUUUCACAACGAGGAGGCUGGCGAUGUCGUCAGCUGGUUAACUAGAAGCACGGCUGCCUCGGGCGGAAAAUGCAUCAUUGCUUCAUCCUACACCGUGUACAACGCUCUUGCGGCAACGCGUCCGGACCUUCUUCGUGUGCUGGCACGGUCCGACUGGCCUUUUGCGCUGCCGCAAUUCCAUUGUCGACCGGUUCUCUUUCACCACAAAGGCAGAGUCAUGACCAACUUUGGCAGGACUGCAUUGAUGGGAAGCGCAAGCCACGUUCGGCCGGCUCACCUGCCCAAGUUGAACGGUGCUCAGGUGGAGGCGCUGGACGCCAUCGAAACGAUAGCCAAGGCCACGCAGCUUGAGAUUACCACUCAGGCCGGCGACAUGCACUUCAUCAACAACCUGGCCAUUCUUCACCGACGCGAAGGCUUUGUCAAUGGAACCUCGGCCCUGGAGAAACGACAUUUGGUGCGAAUGAGGCUGCGAGACGAAGCCCUAGGAUGGGCCAUCCCCGAAGCGCUACUGGACGAAUGGAACAAGGCAUUUGAUCCCAGACUAACUCGCGUGUGGCAUUUGGAGCCCAUGCCCGACGGCUAUUUCCCCUUGAGAUCGCAGUCGAACUAA